CGUGUAUGUAUCCAAGUAAGCUUGUUUUGUUUAAUCGUGCCCUUAGUAGUGUCCUUAAGUAGUACCCUUGUUGUCAGAUUUAAAUAAGAUCUGCUCCUUCAGUGAAGCUCCUCCUCCUCCUUCAGUGAAGCUCCUCCUCCUUUAGUGAAGCUCCUCCUCCUCAGCUAUAAAUACUGGGAUAUUCCCACCAGUCCACAUUAAAAGAAGACAAGCAUAUCAGACCAUCAGGAAGAAGUGAAGGACAAGAGAGAACAUGAGUGAUCCAGAACCCUGCAGAAUUAAACAGGAAGACGCUGAAGAACAAAUAGACCUAAUUGAAGAGCACGUGGAGAUUAAAGAGGAGAAACAACAUGUCAAAGCUGAAGAAAUACCUCAAUUACAGACUUAUGAUAUCAUGAACAGAAACGGCAAGAAUCGAUCCAUCUGCACUCAGUGUGGGAAGAGUUUCAGUAAGUCGUCGUUCCUUAAUAAUCACAUGAGGAUUCACACUGGAGAGAAACCAUUCACAUGUACUCAGUGUGGGAAGAGUUUCAGACAAUCAUCACACCUUAAUCGACACAUGAUGAUCCACACUGGAGAGAAGCCACACAGAUGUGAUCACUGCGGCAAAACAUUUUUGAGCUCUUCCCAGCUGAAGGUCCAUCUUAUAGUUCAUACAAACGAGAAGCCGUAUUCCUGUUCUGAGUGUGGAAAGAGUUUUACAAUGCAGUCAAAUUUAGCAAAACAUCAGAAGAUCCAUACUGGUGCGAAAGAGCAUAUGUGCUUUGAGUGUGAGAGGACUUUUAUUACAGCUGUCGAAUUGAAACUGCACCAGAGGACUCACACUGGAGAAAGACCGUACAAGUGUUCACACUGCGACAAGAGAUUCAGUCAGUCAGGAACCCUGAAAAUACAUGAGAGGAUUCACACUGGAGAGAAACCGUACAAGUGUUCACACUGCAACAAGAGAUUCAGUCAGCUAGGCACCCUGAAAACACAUCAAAUGAUUCACACUGGAGAGAAACCGUACAAGUGUUCACACUGUAAUAAGAGAUUUUAUCAGGUAGAUCAUCUGAAAAAACACGAGAGGACUCACACUGGAGAGAAACCGUACAAGUGUUCACACUGCAACAAGGGAUUCAGUCAGUCAGGAAGCUUGAAAACACAUGAGAGGACUCACACUGGAGAGAAACCGUACACGUGUGAUCAGUGUCUGAAGAGUUUCACGCAUUUAUUAAAGCUUAAGAAACACAUGCAAAUCCACCAUGGAGAAAAGUUGAACACAUGAUAUUAAAGCAGCAAAACAUUUUCUCGUGUGCAAAAUUAGUUUCAUGCCUCUGAAAACUUUGAAUUUUUGGGAAACGACUCUAAAAUUGGACAGGUCUGUCAUUGUGUUCCUUAGGGAUGUGUCUUAAGUCCCUUACUCUUUAACAUCUACAUGCUUCCUUCGAGGGAAAUCAUCAGCAAAGAUGGACCGAGAUUUGACUUUUAUGCUUAUGAUACCCAAAUUUGAAUAAGCACCAAAUCCAAUCUGUUACCAUCACAAUCCUCUCAGAGUGUGUGCUGGAAAUUAAAAUGUUGAUGGACCACAAUUCAUUACAGCUAGUCACAAAGAUAGCAAUUUUAAUCAGUUUUGCAUGGUAGCAUUGUUUUUCCAUCUACUUUUGUUUUCCAUCUUUUCAAUGCAUCCCAUUUUGGUGCUUAUCAGUGACAGGUUGUCUGUCUACACCUGUAAAUGUUUUAUUUUUUUUAAGAGUGCUGUUUUAGGGAUUUUUUUUUCUUUUUUUGUAAUUUUAAAGUGAACCUAUAAUUCUUGUUUGUAAAAUGGAUGGACACAAGGGAGGUGUCAGUGUGUUCAACCAUCCACAACGCCUUUGAUGGUGACACUGUGAGCAGGAACGUGCUCAGCAAAGACACUGAGAGAUGGCGGGCAAAAACAACACAUGACUGUCUGACCAGCUCCUCCAGUAUUAUUCUGUGCACAAGAAGUCCAACAGGUGGUACAGGACACUAGACCUGUCUCGCGGAGAGAGAAAAGUGGUUCUCUGUGGGGAUCUCGAACACAGGAGGAGGCGGGUAAGGAGACAUCUUGCCCCAGGUCCCGGAAUGCAUCCUGCGCUGCUGCACCCAGGGGCCAUGGUGGACAGAGUGUUGAGAUUGUGGUGGUAAUUUUCAGCCAGGCUUCGGGAGUAGAUUAGGUUGUCAUCAGUAUAUCCAAUGACAGUUUGAAGUCCCAAAGCACCUCAUUCAUAAAGUCUUGCAAUAGGGAGGGGAUUGAGCUAGUCCAUAGGGCAUGACUAGGUUUUGUAGUGACCAUUGGGACUUACGAAGGCCGUCUUCCACCCGUCCUCACGUAUGCAAAUGAGAUUAUACGCACUGUAGAGAUUCAACUUUGUGAAGACCUCAGAUCCACCAAGACGUUUAAGGGGGAAAGGGGUAGCCAUUUUUAUGGUGAUCUUAUUUAAAUCUUAUCUGUAGAUUAUGCAAGGUUGUAAACCUCUAUCUUUCUGAGCCACAUAAAAUAAACUAAAAGUGGUAUGGGGCGGUAAAAAGGUGGAUGUAUCCUUGGGCCUCUUCUA